AUGAAAAAAUUUGAUAACUUUUAUAAAAAUAAACAGUUAAAUGAUAAAAAUAAUGAAACGACAAAUUCUCAACAAUCCUCAAAUACAAAUGUAAAUCAUUCACCAACAAAGCAACCAACUAGUGUCUCAACACAAUUGUCAAAUCAAUAUAUAGAGACAUGCACCAAACUAUUUUUCAAAAUAUUCAGAAAUAAAUACCUAUUUACUGUAAUAAUGCACUAUGUAAAAUAUUUCCAAAGGCUUUAUCGCUAUACCAAAACAACUUUCCACUUUUUAGAUCACUAUCGUAACUCAAAUAAAUACUUUCUAGAUAAAGUCAACAUAUCGUUUUUAGAAACUGCACAAUUUUUAAUAAUGGACAUUUCCCCGAAUGUAUCUACAUUAGAGAUCAAUAGGUGUAAUAUCAAAAUUCACAAUUUAAAUCUUCCACCUACUUUAAAGAAAUUGGUUUUAGGUGAUAAAAUUCAUAUUAGAAGUAAUGAAAUCGAGCUAGUCACCAAAUUUGGAGUAUUGGUUGACAGGCUAUUCAAUGACAAAAGCAAUGCACCUAUUAAAAGCACUUUUUCAAAUCCACAUCUCAAUGAAUUGGUAUCGUUAGAGCUUGGUUAUGCAAGUGGUCUAAUUUUAAACGGUGGCUAUUUAAACCAAGUUAAGAAUCUAUUACAUUUAACUAUUAGUCAUCCCAUUACACAGCCAAUUACCCAAGAAAUGUUACCAAAGCAGCUAGAGUCUCUUACCUUAAAUGUAGAGUAUCGAUAUGAUACUAUAUAUAUACCGCCUCAACUAAAGACCCUUGUGAUUAACCAUGGCUACUCUUUUAAUCCAUCGAUUUUAGAAAAAAUACCAUCAAGUAUUACAAAACUUUUAUUCUAUUCUUUUAUCUAUGUGUCUCCAACUGUCCCCAAAAACAACUUCCCCAACAAUAUUAUUGAUGAUCUUCCAAAUGCAAAACCAUUCUUUACCAAUGGCGCAUUUCAAUCGUUAUCAUCUUUAGAUUUUUCAAGUGACCAAUACCCAAAACGAUUUAAUGCAGAUAAGUUUCCACAAAGCCUCACAAAAUUGAAACUGGCCAAAGAGUAUCAUAUAUUUUCAACCAAAACCGGAUAUCCAGCAAGUCUAACCUCAAUAGAAUGCUCAAUGGAACAAAUAUUAAAUUGUAAAUUUUCAUCACCAUCCACCCUUUUAAAUAUAAGAAUUCAAAACUAUGAAAGUCAUUCCGAUAAUCUUGCAUUAAGUUUAGAAAACAAAUUUAAUAAUUUACAAUCAUUGGCCUAUAAAGAAGUUUCAUUUGUUUCAGAACUUCCCGAUGGAUCAUUCUCGAUACCUAAAAGCUGCACAAAUCUAGAAGCUACAGGAUCACUACAACAGCCCAACUCUGUCAUUACCAAUGCAACAAGUUCUUUAUUACACUCAUUACCAAAAUCAAAUUUAAAAUCACUAAAGCUAGAUAGCAUACACACAUUUUUGCUAUUAAGAAAUAUACUAAAUUAUACGACUUCAAACCUACUACACCAAUCAAAUUUACAAUUACUAGAUUUAACAUUUGACCUAAGCCGAUUGGAAAAUAUAGAGAUAUCAAAAGAGUUUUUACCACAUAAAAUAAAGACUUUGAUCAUUAGAGGUCAAUUUAAAGUUAAAUUUAAUCAACUACCAGAAUCACUUGAAUUCAUUUAUAUUUCAACUCAAAAUGAAACAUUAAAGGAUCCAAUAGAACUAAAUAAAAUUUCAAAUCUAUAUGUAUUAUUCGAUAAUGACUGCUCAAUAUUCAAUCCAAAUUCAAAAUUAUAUUUAAAUCAUAUUGUGUUUUAUAGAAAAAGCUUUAAUCAAUAUGAAGAUUUUUAUAGAUCAAACGAAAAAGAGCAUUUAAGAGCAAUAAGAGUAAAAGUACCAGGGCAAAAUAACUAUGACUUUAUCAAGUUUACUGAAAAUUUAACAUCAAAUACUAAAAGUUUAAUAUUUGAAAGUGGAGGUCCGCUAACUCUUAAUUUAAAAGUUUUAAAAUUUCCAGAUACUUUAAAAUAUAUUAAAAUACUUCAAAAAAUUUUAACCGAAGAAACCUAUUUUGACCUAGUUAAAAACAACCUCAGCUCCAUUUUAAUGGGUAAUAAUAGAAAUAGUAACUUAUAUAAUUUAAAUCAAAACUAUGGAAUAACACAUUUAGAAAUAUCAUACUCUGAUUGGAAAAUUAUUUCAAAACACAACUAUUCUCCUCCAAAUUUAUACAAGCUAACAUUAUUUGAUGAAAACUUCCCAAUUAUUGGAGAAGGAAUGCUGCCAGAGAAUUUACAAUCUUUAAAAAUAAUUCCAACGUAUCCACAUUCAUUUAUUCAACUUCCAAAUCAACUAAAGGAAAUCGAAAUUGGGAUUGGCUAUAUGUCAACUAUUGACAACAAAAUUUUUUAUUAUUUUCCACCCAGUAUUACAAGUAUCAAACUUAAAUCACCACUCUGCAAAGGUAUUCAACCCUUUAGAGAAUCCUUGGCAAAAUCAUUGAAGAAAUUGGUUGUAAUCCAUGACCACAUCAAACCACUUUAUCUUAAUGGAACAUUGGAGUCUUUAACCUAUUUAGAUAUUUCAAAAUCCUAUAAAACCAUCAAUAUCGAUCUAUUACCUCAAACUCUUAUCACUUUAAAGCUAUCACUCUCAGCUACUGUGGAAAAAACUGAAACUAAUAGAGGGUUUCCUGCUAGUAUAACAGAUUUUGGAGGCUCAUCAUCGCAUCUAUCACUCAAAUUUCAAAAUCCAUUAAAUUUACAAUAUUUACAAAUAACUAAAUUCAGUACUCCAAUGCCACAAAACCCACAUUACAAUUUUAUCAACUUUAAUAACUUUCCAAAUAUUAAAUCCAUAUGCUAUCUCCACAUAAUAUCACCCAGUGAUAAUUUAAACUGUAACACCAUAACACUAUCAAAUGAAACCCUAGUUCCAUCACUCGAAAUUGUUAUAUUAGGAGGUUCACCAGCCGAUCCAACCAUUAAACUACCCCUCCCAAAUUCAAUUAAACAUAUUUAUUUUAGUUCUAAUUUACAACCAAAUUUAAAAGAAUUUAUUAACUCCACUGAAAUUAAACAUAAAAUUAGAUUUUUUAAUGACUUAGACCAAGCAAAAUUAUAUAAUAAAUUAAAAAAAAUAUAUUUUUAA